AUGGGCGGCGACAGCAGCUCAGUGCAGUUGGACAACGUGCAGCAGCUCGAAGCCACACAGUCAGCGUUUGCUGCUGUUCGGGGCGAUGGCUCGGUCGUUACCUGGGGUCGCCCGCGCUGGGGUGGCGACAGCAGCCCGGUGGCGGAGAAGCUGAAGGACGUGCAGCAGGUCCGGGCCACUGCGGGCGCCUUCGCGGCCUUGCUCCGAAGCGGAGGCGUCGUCACUUGGGGACAUCCGGCGCUGGGAGGAGACAGCAGCGAAGUCCAGGACCUUCCCGGUACUUCCAAAGCUAGUUUUAUUAAUUCUGGGAAACUAAACCCUAAACCCCUAGGUAGGAUAAGGGGGACCCUUCAAAAGGAAACCCUUCUUAACCCUCUUCUUGCUCUCUUAAACAGGGACCUUAUUCAGAGGGUCUGUGUCCCCAAGGGUCCCCCUAAUCCUAUCCCCUAG